UCCCAGUUUCCCUAGCCUCAAAGUCGGUAAGCUGUGUUUCUCCUGCAAGCAAUAUGGGGCGCGUUCGCACGAAGACGGUGAAGAAGUCGUCGCGGCAAGUGAUAGAGAGGUACUAUUCGCGCAUGACACUUGAUUUCCACACGAACAAGAAGGUUCUGGAAGAGGUGGCAAUCAUUCCCUCCAAGAGGCUGCGGAACAAGAUCGCGGGAUUCUCCACGCACCUCAUGAAGCGGAUUCAGAAGGGUCCCGUUAGAGGAAUAUCGCUCAAGCUGCAGGAGGAGGAGAGGGAGCGUCGCAUGGACUUCGUCCCCGAUGUCUCCGCCAUCGCCACCGACCACAUCGAGGUCGACAAGGAGACCCUCGACAUGCUCGCCGCCCUCGGAAUGUCCGAGAUUCCCGGCGUUGUCCAGGUCGAUCCCGUCCCCGUUGCCGCGCCGCUCCCCUUCGCCCGUGGCGCCGGGAGGAGGUUUUAAUGCCUGAAUUCUCGGUUUUGGUCGUGUUGUGUUUUAGAGAACUAAUUAUUAUGCUGAGUUUUGUAUUACUUUUUUGUUUUCUGUAGCAGGGAUUCGGUUGUUGGACUUGUGAAAGUGGUUAAUGGAAUUUAUUUUUGUUCUGCUGUGUUACAUUAAA